AUGGAUGCAUCAGGCGUGGCCGACAGCACAGACUGGCUAGGGACACCGCUUGCCGGUCUUGCGCCACUCGAGUCGUCCCUCCGUUGCCAGGUCUGCAAAGAGAUCCUCAGCACCCCUAUGAUCACGAGCUGCUCACAUACCUUCUGCUCAUUAUGUAUACGACGAUACCUAAACCAAGAAGGCAAGUGUCCUUCGUGCACGAAACCCGACCAAGAAAUGAAGUUGCGCAACAAUUGGGCUGUACAGGAAUUCGUCGAGAUCUGGUCAAAGAACAGGACAGAGAUUUACAACUUUGCCACGACCGCCAAUACAAGACAGGAGUUUGGACAAGAGGAGCGACCGAAAAAGCGCAGACGAACUGCCGCUGAGCCAGUUGUUGUGCAGAAAAGCGGGCUGGAAGAGCGGCGGAGUACACGAAGUCAGAGCAGACGAGUUGCCUCGCAGACCAGCGUCUCGGCAAGCCAGACACUCCCGUCCACACAAGAGGAGAUAGGAGACAGCGAAAGUGGCAGCGUCUACGGGGACUCGCCCAGAGUCGACAGAAAUCCACCCCACGCAGCUACUGAGGUGCACGAUGGUCUGGUCGCUUGCCCCAACUGUAAUCGCCGCUUGCGCGAAGCACUGAUCAAUUCGCACCUCGACAAAUGUUUACAGGGUCUCGCUUCACCCACGCCUCCACCUCCACGGGCGGCAUCCGCGCGAGCGAAAGCAUCCUCACCUGAACCACAGAUACAAGCGGGGACCAUAGCCUAUACUACCUCCAAGCUUACACCAAACACCGCUGCUCGACUACCCACAAUAAAUUAUUCCCUACUUACCGAGGCAGCUAUGCGCAAAAAGCUGAAGGAGUUGGGGAUUCCUAACCACGGCAACAAAGAGCUGAUGCGUAAACGCCAUGCCGAAUGGGUAUCUCUGUGGAAUGCGAACUGCGAUAACCGCAUGCCGGUGGGAAAGGGGAAGCUGCUUCGGGACUUGGAUAUAUGGGAACGUAACUUUGGGAAGGACGAACGGCAGCGGCAGGGAGCUGGAGGCAGCGGCGUUAUGGAGAAGGAAUUCGAUCGCGAGGGCUAUAUGGAAAAGAAGAAGGACGAUUUUGAGGACUUGAUCAGGAAGGCGAGAGAGACCCGGGCCAAAAAGCAGGCUCCGGCAACUGAGGCCGAGGUUGAGGUAUCGACCACGGAGUCUACGACUUUUGCAGAGAGUUGCGACAACAUCGAUGCUGCGCCUGCUCUGUCGGCGGCGAAUGACGCCGACAUCACGAUGGGCGAAGAUACGCCCAAUGGGGAUGCUGCCGCCACGCCAGCCCAGAUGCUGGUCCCAAGCACACCUCCGAGGUCGUUAUCACAAACGAAUGGUCUCCAUUCGAUUCAGCCACAGCCGCUGCAGGACAGGAUCGACCUCACUUCGCCGCCGACGGCGACAGACAAGGGCGCAGAUAGUGGGAAGGCUCCGCAAGGCACGAACCAGGAGCAGGAACCGUCUCAUUCCCAGCGACUCAGCCAGACUGUUUGA